GGCCCUGACUCCCUUCCCACAGAAGGAAGAGUCAUCUCUCUGAAGAUGAACUCAACAGACCACCUCCAGGAUGCUCCCAACAGCACCCUGCUACAUGUGCCUCACUCCCAGGGAGGAAACAGCACUGCUUUGCAGGAGGACCUCCGGGACCUCAUCCACACGGCCACCUUGGUGACCUGUACCUUUCUACUCGCAGUCAUCUUCUGCCUGGGCUCCUACGGCAACUUCAUUGUCUUCUUGUCCUUCUUUGAUCCAGCCUUUAGGAAAUUCAGAACCAACUUUGAUUUCAUGAUCCUGAACCUGUCCUUCUGUGACCUCUUCAUUUGUGGCGUGACGGCCCCCAUGUUCACUUUCGUGUUGUUCUUCAGCUCAGCCAGGAGCAUCCCAGACGCUUUCUGCUUCACCUUUCAUCUCACCAGCUCUGGCUUCAUCAUCAUGUCCCUCAAGACAGUGGCGGUGAUCGCCCUGCACCGGCUCCGCAUGGUGCUGGGCAAGCAGCCGAAUCGCUCAGCCUUCUUUCCCUGCACCCUGCUCCUCACUCUGCUUCUCUGGGCCACCAGUUUCACCCUUGCCACCUUGGCCACCCUAAAAACCAGCAAGUCGCACCUCUGCCUUCCCAUGUCCAGUCUGAUUGCCGGAGAAGGGAAAGCCAUCCUGUCUCUCUAUGUGGUUGACUUCACCUUCUGUGUGGCUGUGGUCUCUGUCUCGUACAUCAUGAUUGCUCAGACCCUGCGGAAAAAUGCUCAAGUCAGAAAGUGCCCCCCUGUGAUCACAGUGGAUGCUUCCAGACCCCAGCCUUUCAUGGGGGCCCUGGCGAAGGGAGGUGGAGACCCCAUCCAGUGCGCCAUGCCGGCUCUGUACAGGAACCAGAAUUACAACAAACUGCAGCACGUUCAGACCCACGGAUACACCAACAGUCCCAACCAGCUGCCAGCCCCUGCAGCCAGCCGGCUGCAGCUGGUGUCAGCUGUCAAUCUCUCCACGGCUAAGGAUUCCAAGGCGGUGGUCACCUGUGUGGUCAUCGUGCUGUCGGUCCUGGUGUGCUGUCUUCCGCUGGGGAUUUCCUUGGUGCAGGUGGUUCUCUCGAGCAACGGGAGCUUCAUCCUUUACCAGUUUGAACUCCUUGGAUUCACUCUUAUAUUUUUCAAGUCAGGAUUAAACCCUUUUAUAUAUUCACGGAACAGUGCAGGGCUGAGAAGGAAAGUUCUCUGGUGCCUCCGGUACGUAGGCCUGGGUGUUUUCUGCUGCAAACAGAAGACUCGACUUCGAGCCAUGGGAAAAGGGAACCUCGAAGUCAACAGGAACAAAUCCUCCCAUCAUGAGACAAACUCCGCCUACAUGCUGUCUCCAAAGCCCCAGAAGAAAUUUGUGGACCAGGCUUGUGGCCCAAGUCAUUCGAAGGAAAGUGUGGUCAGUCCGAAGAUGUCUGCUGGACAUCAGCACUAUGGUCAGAGCAGCUCAACCCCCAUCAACACUCGGAUCGAGCCGUACUACAGUAUCUACAACAGCAGCCCAUCCCAGGAAGAGAGCAUCCCGCAUAACCUACAGCCGGUGAACGCCUUCGGAUUUGCCAAUUCAUACAUUGCCAUGCAUUAUCACACCACCAACGAUUUAAUGCAAGAGUGUGACCGCACUUCAGCCAAGCAGAUUCCAGUCCCCUCUGUGUAGCCCAGAGAGGCCAGAGAGUCCGACGUAAACUGCUUUUGCUUCUGAUACAAAUUGAUUGUUUUUUAAUUUUUUGAGAACAGUAGUAGAUCAAAACUUAACGAUUCACCCGAACAGUUGGCACUUAGGAUUUUCUUUUGUCUGAUGUGUUAGCAUCUGUUGAUUUGCUUUGUGUUUUCUUAACAAUUUAAUAAUUGAUGUAAAAGUUUAUUAUUUAGUUUCUUACCCGGAUCUGUGCUCCAGCCUUUUGUACUAAACUUUUAAAUAGAUGCCAGGGAACGAUCAUGCUACCGUAUUAAAGCUGGGAAUGAACUGAUGAUCAUUCGAGUCAGUGUUCUGGAUCUUCAAAGUAAAUACGAGUUGGAUUUUUUUUUAAAGAAUGUGAAGGUAUUGUCUUUACUGUGUUAUUUUUAUUGAAUUGUAAAUUUUGAUUGAAGUGUUGAAAUGGGGAACAAUAUGCUUGUUUUGGUAGCAGGCUUACUGGAACAAAUAAUACAUUGUUAAAGCAGAAAAUCAGAAAUGUAUUGUCUAAAACUAUCCUUACCAAAAAAACACAAGCAUUAGGUACUUUCCUUGCAUACGACAGUCAACCAAGAAUACAGUAUUGUGAUUAUUACCAUUUCUUGUUAGAGACAUUAUUACUUUGUGUCAAUUAAGUAGCUAUAUAGUUCUUUUGAAAAGAAAGCAAUUUUUGCUUGCUAAAAAUGAAUUGUUCUAUUUUGGAAUGAUCUGAUCCAAGAAUCCUAGUGAAGAGGACUGCAUCUGCAGCAGAGGGAUGCUCUUCCUGGGAGAGUCAUCUCACCAGGGUGCUGCUCUCUGGGAAGCGGGCUAGGCUCUUGUAUGUGUGAGGUGAUCAUGGUUAUUGCCUGAGAAGGCAUAGGGAUGAGAUGGGGGUGUUUCGAUUCAUGCUUUCCUUCUGUGUAAGAAUGGUGGUUAACAACCUGACAAAGAGUACCUAAGUAACUACUUAGAAAUAAUUCUUUGGUCUUUGUUUAUAUAUCACUAUAUUAGACAAAUUCUUAACAUGACCUGUUGUCAGACUAAGUGCGCUAAUUCUCUCCCAUUAAUCUUAAACUGGAAAUGGGCAGUAAGGCAAAACAGAUGAAGUAUUUGUACACUGAAAACUAAUUUUAUUAUAUACUCUGUGAUUCCUAGGAUAACAACUGUCAACUUAUAUUUUUAUGUAAAAAUAUUUUCAUUAUAAGGUUAGCAUUUGAACUCUGUACAGUUUUGGAACUGUAACUUUUAGACAUGAUGAGCAUCAAGAUACAAAAGCUAUCUUUAUAAAUUGUUAUAUCCAAGAACUGUUUGCAAAUUGGAAGGCCCUUUGUCCCUUUGGAUGGAAGGUGUUCAAUUUAUAGCAUCCUCUCCCAGGCUGUCCCCAAAUCCAGAGGUCAUGGGAGGCAUGGAGAAGACAGGUGAUGCUCAACUAGAACCAUGCUCAGCCUCAUCUAAUAAUGCUUACCUUCCCAUAUCAACCAGUCAUUUCUAUUUCUGAGGUUUAAGUAUAAGAUAGGGGUUUUAUUUUGUUUUUAAAUUCACCUUUUAGGACUCUCCUCUUACCUUCCUUCUCUCCCUUUUGUCCUUUAUUUUUGCUAUUCAGUUUUAUAACAGAAAAGAACAUAUCCACUCUCUCAUUUUUUUUUGUAAUUGAAUGCUAUUUUUGGAAGUCACUAUGACCUAUUUCAAUUGUGCUUUUAUAUUUUUAAUACAACACUUUUCAUUUAUUAAUAUUCCCAUGAGAUAGGUUAGUAUAUUACCUCUUUUUAAUGAAGAAUUCAGAAAUCUAAUAUUCUCUCCCAAGAUCAUUGGAAGACUUGAGGUAAAUCAGGAACUAGACUUUUGUCUAAAUUCAGAACCUGGUGUUUAUUUCAAUAAGCCAAACAGCUUCAUAAGUAAUAAUAUUAAUUAAGAAGAUAUUUCACACUUUUUAAAGCCUGUCUCUCUUUUUUGGCCAGGCAUUUUAAAUGUGACUCAAUAAAAUAUUUUUUUAAAAAGUAGUUUCUACUUAAUUGUUAAAUUAACAAUGACAGGUUUCCUGUGUGACCUUCACAUUUGAGACGACUUGCCCCAUCUUUGGGAGCUAAAAGUUACAGCAUAAAGAAAACUAAGCAUGUGCAUAUGACGUACUGAGUCUCUUUAUGCUCAUCAAGAAAUUAUUAACUUGCAUGACAUGUACAGUGGGCUAGAUUAUUCACCUUCCUCUGUAUCUGUCUCUGUCUCUCUGACUGUGUGUGGAUAUAUGUAGAUGUGGAGACUGAGGCAGAUAUGUAUUACUUGUCUCUUCAUAAGUGAUAUAUGUCUCUCUAUACCGAUAUCUAUAUGGAGGUAAAGCUAUAGAUAGACAUAUGUAACUUCUCCAUAAGGGCUAAAAUGAGAACUUUUAUAAAAGUAUUGAGAAUUCAGUUGACUUUGACUAAUUAGCAGGGUAUAUUAAUUAGUUCUAUUGAUGCUUUACUGUGAUGCAAAAUAUGUGAUGUAUUCAAACAUUUUAUAAUUGUUCUGAUGUUAACCGUUAGGUCAGAUUUGUAUUUCUGACGCUUUUAAUGUUCUUUUAAACUAAUGUUUGGAAAAUAAAAAUACUGAAAAUCCUAACAUUUCUGAAC